CUGACUACAUACUGUACAAUAUGAUAAUCCAUUAACAGUCAAUAACAUGUUAAAACACUGAAAACACAAGGCAAGCAAAAAUAAAGUCUACAAUUAUAAAACCAUUACCUUUUGUACUUUCAGCUAAUCAUAUGAAAUAUCACAUUAAAAAGUAAAUCUGAUAACAUCAAUAAAAUACCUUUUUACUCCUACUUUAAGUAAUAGUAUUAGCAGUACUGUUACUUGUGUACAUGUUUUGCAUCUCCUGGUUUUCCAGUGUUUAGUCCCCUGUACAGUUUGAAAAGAAGAAACCAAUCUGAAUAUGUUUCUGUUUUAUUACAACAAAUAGAAAUCAUGGAUGUGGAGGGACACAAGUGCGUGACAAGAGUUUCUCUGUGAAGUCCAACCUGACUCGGCACAUGCAGCUUCAUCUUCCAAAGGAACAUGUGUGUGAAGUGUGUGGGAAAAGCUUCUCAGUGAAAAAGCAUCUGAGCAGCCACCAAAAACAACACCUGUACCCAUGCAUCCGUCUGUACAGGCAGGGAGAGGCCAAGCUGCAGUGUAUGGAUGGAUCUGCAUCGUCUCAGAAGAGCAUCCUGUCCUUUGUCAAAGCUGUUGAUACUUACACCCUUCCUUGUGCCCGUGUGCUGAGGCGUGCGCACAUGAUCAUGGAGAUGGAGAAGAUGUCUGGAGAAAUCCUCUGCAUUGAUGGCACAAAAAAGGUCCUUAAGAAGAUAUAUGGUGAUGGCCAGGGCACCAUGCAGUAUAUCACCAGUGUGCUGAACGAGUGGGGCCAGUUCUUGACCACAGUGGUGGUGGCAGCUGAGUCUGAGGGGUGCUACAGACGUAUGGCCAAAGGUCUGAUGGCCCUCUUUGAAUGAGCUAGGGCUCCUGCACCAGCUGUCAUAUAUGCAGAUAACAACUGUUGUCGUGCUUCAUCCUUCCUGGAGAAUCUGUUCAGGGACUGGGCACAGAAGGGCACUGUGAUCCGACUGGACAUCCGACACUGGCUGCACGCUGGGAUGCUGUUGUCAUCAAACAGAGCCAUGCCAACUAUGGGGUGUUUAUGAGUGCCCUUGCAAGUGCAGUGCUGGCCUACAACAAGAAUGAUAUGAUGCUCCUCAACUGCCCAAUCUGAAUGCCAAGGCUAACUACAGGGCAACCGUAAUGCCAAAGGUGAAACCCCACCAACGAGUGCUGUCAGAAGAACCAAUGCCAGCAGCUCCUACUCUGUCAGAAUCCCUUCCAGCUCCAGAUCGACCUCAGGUUCAGUACCAGAGCCUAUGUCAUGCAGCUGGAAAAAGGCAUGAUCAGAAGCGGAGGAUAGAUGUGGAAGAGUUUGUGAACCGGCCCAUUCAACCUAAACCCCCUGUGGCCACGUACAUCCCAUCCAGAGCGUCAAAAGCACCUGUCCUUGUAGUGGUUCCUGCAUAGACACAGGGACCAUCCAUGAUGCUCUGUGGGGCAUCCAGCAGUCAAGGGUUCAUACCUUUCGCACCGCCUCCUGCGCUGACAUCCAGACCAAUCAAGCCUCAUAAAUCCCCGAAGCCUUGUGGGGCCUACCAAGUACCCCAGUGUGGUGGGCAGGUACACGCCGUCCAAAGACAAGGCUGCUGAAAGUAGCCGAAAAAUAUUUACGUAUUGCCCAGCAACUAGAAAGUCCACCACUU